AACUUCCUUGUCCGUGCACAUUCCUUUCUCGUCAUCGAUUCGUCGUGGUUCAGACUAACCGUAAUCGCUUCGUUUCUUUUGAGCUUGUAAGCAUAAAAAAAUAACCAAACGUUGACAGCAAUUCUUCAAAAGAGAAACACAGAUUGCUAAAAUUGUUGGUGUGUUAAAAAUGAGCAUAACUUAAACAAAAGCAGAAACCAGUGCGCAUAAAUAAAACAAAAGUUGUGAAUAUUCUUGCAUAAAUAGUUGAAGCCAAACGUCAACAAAGAAAGUGAGAGAGCAAGAAGAGAAAAGAACGAAAGCUACAAAAAAAAAAAAAGUGAUUACGAUUCGAGUGAUUUUUCUUUCGGCGUGCGUUGGGAUAAAUAAAAAGCAGCAAAAUUUACUACAACGUCGCCUUUGGCAGCGCCAACUCCAGCAUCAACCCCCCCAGCGGCACAUCCACCACCAGCGGGAGUACUAUCCAGUACCAGCAUCAGCUUCAACACCACCACCCCCCAAGCAGCAGCAGCAGUGCCGGCAGAAGUAUGCUCUUUGAGAAUCCAGCGGUUGCGGCCAAGUUGCCAUUUCCAUACAAUGUGCCGCCGCCACUCCAGGCGGCAGCAGCAGCAGCGGCAGCUGUGCCAAAUUUAAGGUUUCAGACACCCAUUAAAGCGUUUGCCUGCCUGACAGCAGCCACAAGGUCAGUAUCUGAGAUGAAUGUCACAUCACUAUACGAGUACGCUGGUAAUCCUAUGGAUAACGCUGCCGCAGCGGCAGCAGCAGCUGCCGCCGGUCUCAUUGAUCCACACCAUCACCAUCCUGAUCUGCACAACGCCCUGGUCGCCUCCAUAGCCAACAACAGUGUGGCGGCCAUUAACGGCACCCUGACCACGGCCGCUGUGCUCAAGAGCGCCGCCGCCGCUCAGCAACAGCAGCAGCAAUCACAGGUGCAGCAGCAGACACAGGGUUCCAUAGUGGUGCCUGGCCAGGAUCAGGCCCAGGUCGCAGCACAGAACGCCGCCAACGGUGGCGGAAAUCCACAGCAGCAGCAUCAGGUCGCUGCCCAGCAGGCUGCCCUGGCGCUGCUCAAGGAGAAUGUGAACGCAUCGUCGGCCGGACAGAACGGUAGUGGCGGAGGGGGGGCCAAUCUGAGCAACAAGAGCGGCUCCUCGGGUCGCUCCACUCCCAGUUUGACUGGCGGCAGUGGCUCAGAUCCGGCUCCAGGCAAACUGUUCGUGGGCGGCCUCAGCUGGCAGACCUCAUCCGACAAGCUGAAGGAAUACUUCAAUAUGUUUGGCACCGUCACCGAUGUGCUCAUCAUGAAGGAUCCCGUCACCCAGCGCAGUCGCGGCUUUGGCUUCAUCACAUUCCAAGAUCCCUGCACCGUGGAGAAGGUGCUCAAAGUGCCCAUUCACACGCUCGAUGGCAAGAAGAUUGAUCCUAAGCAUGCCACUCCUAAGAAUCGACCCCGUCAGGCCAACAAGACCAAGAAGAUCUUUGUGGGCGGCGUCUCGCAGGACACCUCGGCCGAGGAGGUUAAGGCCUACUUUGCACAGUUCGGACCCGUCGAAGAGACGGUCAUGCUAAUGGAUCAGCAGACGAAGCGCCAUCGCGGCUUCGGCUUUGUGACCUUCGAGAACGAGGAUGUGGUGGAUCGCGUCUGCGAAAUCCACUUCCACACAAUCAAGAACAAGAAGGUCGAGUGCAAGAAGGCACAGCCGAAGGAGUCUGUCACACCGGCCGCUCAGCUGCUACAGAAGCGCAUCAUGCUCGGUAGCCUGGGCGUACAACUGCCCACGGCCCCCGGCCAGCUGAUCGGAACACGUGGAGGUGGACUAGCCAUGAAUCCCCUGGCCAUGCUGCAGAAUCAGCAACAGCUGCUGCAGUCUCCGGCCUCCGCUGCCCAGCAGGCCGCCCUCAUAUCCCAGAAUCCGUUUCAAGUACAAAACGCAGCUGCCGCCGCCGCCUCGAUGGCCGCCAAUCCCGCGAACUUUGGCAAACUGCUAGCCACAUAUCCACAGACUGCGCUGCAACAUGUCAGGUAUGCACCCUACUCGAUCCCCGCCAGCGCCGCUACUGCCAAUGCCGCCUUGAUGCAGGCCCAUCAAGCGCAGAGCGCCGCCGUCGCUGCCCACCAUCAGCAGCAGCAGCAACAGCACCAGAACCAGCAACAUCAGAACGCCCACGCCAUGGCCGCAGCGGCCCAACAUCAACACCAGCAGCACCAACAGAACCACCACACUGCCGUUGCCGCCUCAAAUUCCGCCUCGCAGGCUCACUCCGCCGCAGCGGCCGCUGCCCUGGCGGCCAAUGCCGCGAACGGAGGUGCCGCUGCUGGUGCCCACAGCCUGGCAGCUGCCCAGCAGGCGGCACUAGUGGCCGCUGGUGGAAAUCAACUGAAUGCAUCUGCAGCUGCCUUGGCAGCGGCCGCCAAUCCGGCUGCCUACUCCAACUACGCCCUUGCCAAUGUGGAUAUGUCCAGCUUCCAGGGCGUCGAUUGGAGUGCCAUGUACGGCAUGGGCAUGUAUGUCUAAGCUUAGGAAGAGGGUUAUGUUUUUUGGUAAUUUCAAUGAAACAGACACACACACACAUACAACAUAGUUAUACAUACCAACAUAGAUAUCUGUAUACAUAAAUAUGGAGCAAAAGCAUGAUGAAACAUGUUCAGUAGUCAAUUGAGUAACUAACAUCUUUUAUACUAUAAACUCUCGUAUACAACUACAACAGGAAUUUGCAAGAGUAUGCAUAGUACAUCAUCAUACUAUAUCAUCUCUCUCACAGUUGUGUAGAAAGACCGAAACCCAAGUCCCGCAUUUAGCAAGGCAUUAGCAUUUACAUACUCGUGUGUACAUACUUACAUAUGUACAUCAAACAUACUCGUACUCACACAUACAUCAUAUGACAAUAAGAUCAACUGUGUUUCAGCAUUCAAGUGUCAGUAUUCGUAAAGUAAACCAAAUUACCUAAAAAACUGAGCAAAGUACUUAUACUUAUACUACAUAUAAAUGCAUAUAUACAUACAUAUGUAUAUGUACUAUGUACUAUGUACAAAUCGAUAAGGAAUGAUUCCAUUCCGUGGAUUCGCAGUUUUUAGCAAUUUGUAUAGUCGGGUUAGAUAGUGUUGAAAAUGUUCUCUCGAUCAAACUCAAGAGAGGCGAAAAGGAAAACUUUAUAGAUAUUUACAUGCAUAUAGUAUAUACAGAUUAAAGAUACAGAUACAUAUACAUCUAUAUACCCAUACAGGCGAUGAUAUUUAGAAAGACCGUGAUAUAUUCAAUUAGUAAAACCAACAAAAUAACAUAUAUAUAUUAUAUGUACAUAUAUAUAUCUCGAUUGUAGAAUUGAGACAUCGUCUCUCAAAAUGUGUCAAAUUGCAUACUAAGAGUAGAAUUUUUUGGUACUUAUACGACGUAUACUCCGUAC